AUGACUGAAGACAACCACUCCUCAAUCACAGAAUUCAUCAUCAUAGGAUUCACAGAUCACCAAGACCAGAAGAUACUUCUGUUUAGUGUGUUCUCUGCCAUCUACCUCAUCACCAUGGUGGGCAACCUAGGUUUAGUGGCCUUGAUUUACAUUGAGCGUCGGCUUCACACACCAAUGUACAUCUUUCUGGGAAACCUGGCUCUGAUGGAUGCCUGCUGUUCCUGUUCCAUCACUCCUAAGAUGUUACAGAACUUCCUUUCUCAUGACAGAACGAUUUCCCUCUAUGACUGCAUGGCACAGUUUUAUUUUCUCUGUCUUGCUGAAACUGCAGACUGCUUUCUUCUGGCAGCAAUGGCCUAUGACCGCUAUGUGGCCAUAUGUAGCCCUCUGCAGUAUCACACCAUGAUGUCAAAGAAACUCUGCAUUCAGAUGAUUACAGGAGCCUACGUAGCAGGAAACGUGCAUCCCAUGAUUGAAGUAGGACUUUUGUUUAGGUUAACUUUCUGUGGGUCUCAUGAAAUCAACCACUUUUUCUGUGAUGUCCUUCCAUUAUAUAGACUCUCUUGUGUUGACCCUUAUAUCAAUGAAAUGAUAUUAUUUAUCUUGGCAGGCUCCAUUCAAAUAUUUACUAUUACCAUAGUCUUAAUUUCUUACUUCUAUAUAAUUUUCACGAUAUUCAGAAUGAAAUCAAAAGAAGGAAGAAGAAAAGGUUUAUCUACUUGUGCUUCUCAUUUUCUAUCUGUGUCCAUUUUCUAUGGUUCUCUUCUCUUCAUGUAUGCUAGACCAAGUUCUGUUGAUGAAGGAGAUAAAGCUAUACCUGUUGCUAUUUUCUACACUCUAGUAGUUCCUUUAUUGAACCCUUUUAUUUAUAGUCUAAGAAAUAAGGAAGUAAUUAAUGUCAUGAAAGGUAUUAUGGGGAAGAGAUUAUUUUAA